AUGUGGUCCGCGUUGCAGAAUCUAUGGCCCUUCUCGGCGUUUACCUAUGACGACCUGAGGGCAUCUGAUUCGAUAGUGAAGAAAUUGCCGAUCCCCGAGAGCACGAGGCAUUUCGUCUACGCGAUCCGCGAGCCCGAGUCUGGUGCCGUGAUUUACGUCCUCUCGGCCCAGAAUCUGUCGGAAAGGUCUGCCCUUGACGCCGAGUAUCUGAUUCGAGAGGUGAAUGAUCUUCUCUGUAAUGGUGGUCUGUGCUGGGAUGAGAAUCUUGUCAAAAUUCUGUUUCAUGAUAGAGAUGCUACUGAAAUCUUGAAUAUCAGAGGUCUGAAUCCAAGUGAUUUGUCUGGUUUCUGA